AUGAAGGGGUUUGCUGACUUUGGGAAGUCCGCCAAAGAUGUGCUGUACGGUGGUAGCAAGGGCGGCACGUAUCAAUACGAUGGGAAGCUGAAGCUGUCCACCAAGGCUUCCGAUGGCAUGGCGUUUACUCUGAGUUCGACACUCAAGGGUGACAAGCUGUCGGGCGAAUUCAAGUCGUCGUAUGGUUACAACCGUUACAGUGUCGACAUGACAGUGACCGGCGCUAGCAAGGUCACAGUGAAAGGCAACAUUGCCGACUUCCUGACGCCUGGCCUCAAGUGCACUGGCAGCUUUGCACUGCCAGCAACCUCACCUUCAAAGGUUGGACUUCAGUUCACCCAGCCCCUUGUGAGCGCCAAAGUCGAUGUCGAUGUUACAGCAUCCCCCAAGGUCAGUGCAUCGAUGGCAUCUGGAUAUCAAAAGCUCUUGUGCGGUGCAGAAUGUGCAUACGAUUCUGCCAAGGGAGCAUUUUCUUCAUGGAGCAUUGGCACCACUUACGCUGGAGCAGGGUAUGAGGCAGCCAUGCUGUACAAUGACAAGGGAGUCCUGAAGUUGCUGCAUGCUCAGAACCUGGACGACAAGUCUGUUGUUGGGGUUGAGAUCGUUCGGCCACUCAAAGAUGAUGCUCCCCAGUCCUUUGCAUUUGGCCUCACAAGGCUCUUGAGCAACGGUGCACUUGUCAAAGCAAAGGCAGAGAGCUCUGGAGUAACAUCUGUGUUGUGGGAGCACCAGAUUGAAAAGGGAUUUAAAGUGGCCCUCUCUGGGCAGUUCGAUGCCAAGGAUUUUGACAAGGGCGCAAGGGUUGGCACUGCAAUCGAAAUCAACUGA